AGACUUCCUCAAAAAAGAUGAACCAGAAGUGCCGCACAUACACAAACACACUCAGGCCUGAGCUUGGAUCUUCUAACCAACAGCGAGAAAGCAGAUCAUGAUUUUUUUUGGUAAUUACCGGUCUGGCGCUGGAGAUUGUUGCAGUUGCAAGUGUAGUCUUGGACCCCUGCUCUGCGUACAUCAGCUUGAACGAACCGUGGAGGAACACAGACUACCACGUCAACCAAUCAUCCGGCGUGCCCCUGUGUGACAGCCAGGUCUCCGGUGAAUGGUAUCGCUUCACAGGCAUGGCCGGGGAUGCCAUGCCCACCUUCUGCAUCUCCGAGAAUCACUGUGGCACACACGCCCCCAUUUGGCUCAAUGGCAGCCAUCCAAAGCUCCAUGAGGGCAUCAUCACCCUGCCUGUCUGCGCCAGCUUCAGCAACAACUGCUGCCAGUGGAACGCCAGCGUGGAUGUGAAGGCCUGUCCUGGAGGAUACUUUGUGUACCGCCUGCCAAGGCCCUCAGUCUGCUUCCAUGUGUACUGUGGCCAUUUCUACGAUAUUUGCGACGAGGCCGAUUGCACGGGUCCCAGGUGUCCGCAGUCUGACUGCCGCUGCGCCCCUGGAAAUGUCCUGGGACCAGAUGGACAGACAUGCCUGGAUGUGAAUGAAUGCGAUCAGGGCAACGGUGGCUGUGCAGAGGUAUGCGUGAACACCAAAGGCUCCUGGCGCUGUGAGUGCGGACGAGGCCGUGUGCUGGAUGAAGAUGGACGCACCUGUAGAGAGAUAGCAGGCUGUCAUGUUAACAAUGGAGGCUGCAGUCAUGGCUGCUCCGCUCUGCUGGACUCCUAUCAGUGCCACUGUCCCAGAGGGCUGGAGCUGGGAGAGGACAAGCGCACGUGUCAAGUUCCAGUCCAGUGUGAUUCCAGCUCUAUUACAGUAUCAGUUCCUAAGGACCUUGUAGGCGGCCUGGAGCUCUUUCUCUCCAACUCAUCUUGUCGGGGUGUCUCCAAUGGCACACACAUCAACCUCAACUUCAGCCUCAAGACAUGUGGCACAGUAGUUGAGGUGACAGCUAAUAAGAUUGUAGGGACCAACCUGGUGACAGGUCUCCCCAGGAGCAGCCCAGGAAGCAGCGGGGACUUAAUAGUCCGCACCGGCAAGUUGGUGCUCCCAGUUACCUGUGAGUUCCCCAGGGAAUACCAGGUUUCAGACGGAUACCAGGCAAGCCAGCGCAACUCAGCCCUCGAGCUGGAGGGCCACAGUGAGGGGGUCUUCACUUUCUCACUAGAGCUUUUUAAGGAUGCCCAGUUCUCAGAGGCCUACCGAACCCCACCCCAGCUCCGCCUGCAUGACUCCCUCUUCUUUGGGGUUGAGCCUAAGGAGAGAGUGGAUGGUCUCUCUUCCCUGGUGGAGAGCUGCUUUGCUACACCGGGGCCCAAAGCUGACCAGGCCCUCAAGUACUACCUCAUCAGAGAUGGAUGUAUUGCUGAUGAAACAAUGACACAGUACUCGUCAAAGGACCAGCUCUCUAAGCACUACCAGGUCCCCGUCUUCAAGUUCAUUGGCAAGGACAACCAACAAGUGUUCCUGCACUGCCAGGUGCUAGUGUGCCGGGCAGGAGACUCCCGCUGUGCUCAGCGCUGUCGGGGACGAGUCCGACGGGAGGUUCAGACGGAUGAACCUCAGGAGCAGCACGCAUUGAGCGCAGGCCCCAUCAUUAUCCUGCCUUAAUCAUGGCAAUUAUACAAUGCUAUCAACACAAACAUCAACAAAAAAGCCAUGAAAUUAAACAAUCAGCACAGUUGCAUUUAAACUGAAGUGAACACUUUAUGGUUUUUCUCACUUUCUGUCAUACGUACACUAUUAGAGUGGUGCUUUUCCAGAUUAAACAGAGUUUGAGAUAAUAAAGUCAGCGUGUCAGUGUUUGUGCACGUAAUCCUUAUGAGCCAAAAGCUCAGAUCUUAGACUGUGCUGAACACUCAGUUUCAGACUGAUUUUGUACUCUUGUAAUUUGUAAGAUGUCAAAGAAAGGGAUAUCCAGCUCUGGCUAUAAGAAAACCUCACCCACCUUCUACACCCACCUUUUUUUUUUUUGAGAAGAAGCCAAGCAGAAAAAGAUGGCUUAAAGAGAGAGGAGCUAAAACAGCUUGAACUGACAACUGGCACCAAGGCCAGUUGUAAGAUGAAUAAGGAUAAUUUUGAGCAGCUUUAGUAGAGUCCAAAAAUAAAAAUAUAGAGAUGGACAUAAGCAUGAUGGAACCCCUUUAAAAAGGAAUCGUCCAGUUCAGUUGAUCUGGUAAUCCGGAGAGUAAAUAAAUGUAGACAUAGACACAAAGAAGCCAACUGCACUGUAUAUAUGUGUAUACAGUAUAUCUUCCUUCUACUGUUAUUUAUAUUGUUGGAGAUAACUUUUAUUCUCAUUAACACAUCAUAACAAGUUUGCAUCUGUUGGACUUGCAGCACAUUAUGCUCACCUUAAAGUGAAUGACAUUUCGAUUAAAAAGCGAGAAAGGGGCCACACAUCACUCAUAACAGCUACUACAUGAGAGAUGAUUUUCUGGGUCACACUUUCAGGCAUUUCCCAGGCUUGAUUACAGCUUAGAGACUUAGUGGAUUUAUGGAAGUGGUUUAUUUCUCACCCCAUCUCUAACUUAAAAAAACACACCCCAUCUAAAACAUCUAUAAGAUGCGUUCUGACUCAUUUGCUUGGUGUAAUCGAUGAGGAGCACGCCACACAUUACAGUGUGCUGGGAAAGAAAUAUCAGAACCCCGCGUCUGGAAAUUAUGCAUGAGCUUCAUCACUCCGACAAUUAAUCUGGAGUUAAUCGUGUCAGUUUAGCUGCAAUUAGUCUUUAAUGUAUUCAUAAAAAUAACAAAUAACUGGCAAAUAA